UCACUCGGCUCGGUCCUGAGGAGAAGGACUCAGCCGCGGCUGCGAGAGCCGGGCACCGGGAGGCGGUGGUGGCGGCGGCGGCAGCGGCAGCGGCGGCGACAGCAGAGGAGGAAGAACAGGAUAAAGGAAAGAAAAAGAAGAGCCAGGCGGAGUCCGCCACAACGACGGCGGGUCCUGCGAAGCCGGGGUAAAGCGACCGCGGCGACGACGACGACGACGACGGCCCCAGCAACCGUGAGGAGAAACAAAAGCAUUCUAAAUUAUAGUUUUUAAAAAAUCUGGGGGAAGCGAGAGAGAGAGAGCAAAGGGGAGAGGCCCUUCUCCUUUAGAGUAACUGCAGUAGUGGGUGUUUCCCCUUUUUUUCCUUUUUAUUUUUAAAUUUUUAUUUCUAAUCCCCUUGCGGAGAAUCGAACUGAGAGAACUGAACAAACUGCCCCUGGCUCCCAUGAGGGAAAAAAAACCCGGAGCCGCAGAGAGGGCAAGAGGCAGAAAUCGCAGGACCUUCCAGGUCGCCCCCUUGGUCCCCGCAACCCCGGUCCGCCAGCUCGCUCUCGUCGAGUCUCGCUAAUCCCUCCUGAUCACGAACCCCCCCAAGAGGGAGAAACGGGUGUUUCCAACCCAUUUCAUGGGGGAGAGGAGGCCGGGGGCAGCCGAGGAACAGCUACCGCAGCAAGAUCUGCACCCGGAGCCUCAGGAACAGCCCCAGAGGCCAAAACUGCACCCUGUGAAAGAUCAGAAACAGGACCAGGAACAGCAGAAACCUCCCUCCAUUAGUCAAUGCUGAUUUCCUCUCCCGCAACCAGGAAUUCACCUCCCACCCCAGAUAACCUAAUAUAAUCUAUCUAUAUAAAUAUAUAAUAUAUAAUGUUCUUAAAUUAUUCCUGAUUUUUUUAAACCAAGCUGCCAAGAAAAGAACGUAUUUUCCCCUUAGCCCUAUUCUAAUUUUUAUGUGAGUGAAUCUAAACUGCUGAGGAAGACCAUAUGUGAUUGUUAAAUUAUAUAUAUAUAUUUUUACUCCGGGCAAUGCUUAUUCUUCUACAUCCAUAGAUGCUUGAGAAGCUGUGCUUUUGUCAUUCAUGUGCAUUUUCCUUUGGAAAAAGAAAGCGCCUAUUUCACUAACCAAAGACUUGAUUUUUACCCUCUUCAUUUUUAUUCCCUGUUAGAAAUCAGCUCAAUUGGAUUCAUGUCAAUGUUUUAAGAGAUUUUUUUUUUUUUCCCCAGAGACCAGAAUUCCAAAUCAGAACUAUUUAGGGUGGGGAUAAGCUGUGAUUUUUGAGCUAGCUAUAAAUAAGACAUUUCAAACCCACAAAACAAAAACAACUUACAUUUUGGAUAGAGGGAGAAAGAGACGUGAGACAUUCAGGCUGCCGUUUCUAUUGUAAGAUUCUGAUCCUAAAAGUAAUAAAUGGGGGAUUACGGGUUUGGAGUGCUAGUGCAAAGCAAUACUGGGAAUAAAUCUGCUUUUCCAGUCAGAUUCCAUCCACAUCUGCAGCCUCCACACCAUCACCAAAAUGCCACCCCCAGCCCUGCUGCUUUUAUAAAUAAUAACACAGCUGCCAAUGGCAGCAGUGCUGGGUCAGCCUGGCUCUUUCCUGCUCCGGCUACCCAUAACAUUCAGGAUGAGAUUUUGGGGUCAGAAAAAGCAAAAAGUCAGCAACAGGAACAGCAAGACCCCUUAGAAAAGCAGCAGCUGUCCCCCAGUCCAGGUCAGGAAGCUGGAAUACUACCUGAAACUGAGAAGUCAAAAUCAGAAGAAAACCAAGGGGACAACUCUUCAGAAAAUGGCAACGGGAAGGAGAAGAUAAGAAUUGAAUCACCAGUGUUGACAGGGUUCGAUUACCAAGAAGCCACUGGGCUAGGUACUUCCACUCAACCCUUGACAUCUAGUGCAUCGUCUCUUACUGGCUUCAGUAACUGGUCAGCAGCGAUAGCACCUUCGUCCUCUACAAUUAUCAAUGAAGAUGCAAGUUUCUUUCACCAGGGAGGGGUCCCUGCCGCUUCAGCUAAUAACGGUGCUCUCUUAUUUCAAAAUUUCCCCCACCAUGUCAGCCCUGGCUUCGGAGGCAGCUUCUCCCCUCAGAUGGGGCCCCUUUCGCAGCACCACCCUCAUCACCCUCAUUUUCAGCAUCAUCACAACCAGCAUCAGCAGCAAAGGAGGUCUCCUGCCAGUCCCCAUCCCCCGCCUUUCACACACAGAAAUGCUGCUUUUAACCAGCUGCCUCAUUUGGCGAAUAAUCUUAACAAACCCCCCUCUCCGUGGAGCAGCUACCAGAGUCCUUCUCCAACACCAUCAUCUUCCUGGAGCCCAGGAGGGGGCGGAUAUGGUGGCUGGGGAGGGUCUCAAGGCCGAGAUCACCGCAGAGGCCUGAACGGAGGAAUAACGCCCCUGAACUCCAUCUCGCCGUUGAAGAAGAAUUUUGCAAGCAAUCAUAUUCAGCUCCAGAAGUAUGCUCGCCCCAGCUCUGCUUUUGCUCCCAAAUCCUGGAUGGAAGAUAGCCUGAACCGAGCUGACAACAUUUUUCCUUUUCCGGAUCGCCCCAGGACAUUUGACAUGCACUCACUGGAGAGCUCACUCAUUGACAUAAUGAGAGCUGAAAAUGAUUCGAUUAAAGAUGAGCAAGACUUGUUGAGGGUUUUCCACCACUCUUAUGAAGGUCGUCUAAACUAUUCAUAUCCAGGAUCCGAUAGCUCUCUGCUUAUUAAUGCAAGGACAUAUGGGCGAAGGAGAGGUCAAUCUUCACUGUUUCCAAUGGAAGAUGGAUUUUUGGAUGAUGGCCGUGGGGAUCAACCUCUUCAUAGUGGUCUGGGUUCUCCUCACUGCUUCACUCACCAGAAUGGAGAAAGAGUGGAACGAUAUUCUCGCAAGGUGUUUGUGGGUGGAUUGCCUCCUGACAUUGAUGAAGAUGAAAUCACAGCUAGUUUUCGUCGCUUCGGCCCUUUGAUUGUGGAUUGGCCUCAUAAAGCAGAGAGCAAAUCCUAUUUUCCUCCUAAAGGCUAUGCAUUCCUGUUAUUUCAAGAUGAAAGCUCUGUUCAGGCUCUCAUUGACGCAUGCAUAGAAGAAGAUGGAAAACUUUACCUGUGUGUAUCAAGUCCCACUAUCAAGGAUAAGCCAGUACAGAUUCGGCCUUGGAAUCUCAGUGACAGUGACUUUGUGAUGGAUGGUUCACAGCCACUUGAUCCACGAAAAACUAUAUUUGUUGGUGGUGUUCCUCGACCAUUACGAGCUGUGGAGCUUGCGAUGAUAAUGGAUCGGCUGUAUGGAGGAGUGUGCUACGCUGGGAUUGAUACUGACCCUGAGCUAAAAUACCCAAAAGGAGCUGGGCGAGUUGCAUUCUCUAAUCAACAGAGUUACAUAGCUGCUAUCAGUGCCCGCUUUGUUCAGCUGCAGCAUGGAGAGAUAGAUAAACGGGUGGAAGUAAAGCCAUAUGUCUUGGAUGAUCAGCUGUGUGAUGAAUGUCAGGGGGCCCGUUGUGGGGGGAAAUUUGCUCCAUUUUUCUGUGCUAAUGUUACCUGUCUGCAGUAUUACUGUGAAUAUUGCUGGGCUGCUAUCCAUUCUCGUGCUGGCAGGGAAUUCCACAAGCCCCUGGUGAAGGAAGGCGGCGACCGCCCUCGGCAUAUUUCAUUCCGCUGGAACUAAAGGAGAACUACAGUGCUCAUUUUCAGGCCUCAGAAUAAGUACACUUCUCUGUUAAUUCUCACCCUUUCCUCAGCCUCUUCACGCUGGCAUGUCCUUUUGUAGCAGUCUGUAACUUAACAAUAGUAUAAUGAAAAGAAUGACCUAUAAUAUAGGUGUUUUGUAGAUUCUUGUGUCACUGAAAACAAUAUGUAUGAACUCCUUUUCGUAUUGCCAUCAUGCUGCCUGGAAGUUUUAUUCUCUUGUUGUGCUGGAGACCAAGAGCAUCCAAACUCCCUGCAGCAUUUUCUUAGAGGAGAGAGAGAAAUAUUAAAAGAGAAAUGAAACAAUAGAGUAUUUUGGGUUUUUAAUUAAAUUAUUGUUAAUAAGAUAACACAUAAGAAUACUUUUAUUAAAACAACCAUGCCACAAUAACAAUAACACUAUCAGUCUAUCCUGACAGAGUUUUUCCCCAGGGAAGUGCUUUUGCCUUUUCCUUUUCCUUUCUUUUUGUUCCUCUUUUUCUUCCCUCUCUUUUUUCCAUCCCCUUUUUAUUCUUUUAACAGCAGUGGAGGAAGUUAACAAUUAUUAACAGGAAAGAGCAUGUUAAAGCAAACAAAUGUUUGAGCAAGAUUGAAGCAGCAUUAUAAUUAAAUUUAAGGGUUUUGAGGCUGAAUGUUAUUUCAUUAUGCCUCAAAGGUACUACCACGUCAGAAAAAA